AUGGACUUGGAACUAAAUAAUGAGAAUCAAGCCUCAGCGCGGAACGAAGGAAAGUCUCGACUCGGGAAGAUCCUUGAGGAGAAAUCAAAACUGAAUCUAAGUAUCAGUAAAAGAUCUCGCCGCAUUCACAAUGGAGCAAACAGAAGUGGCACUGGUGGCUCGAUCUCUGUUCAGAGGCAGACCCUUCGGGCCAACAACCGUGCCCUUGCAAAGUCGCUUCAGCAGUACAAGCAGGAGCUCAACCAUGCAAACAACAUAAUCCUGGAGCUGACCAAUGAGAGGCAAGCGUUACAGAUCAAGUGUAAUGCUCUGAGUCAUGUGGCUGAGCUGAAGAAUGUCGAGAUAGAAAAAGAGGUCCAACAGAGAAUGGAGAAAAAGAUUGGUCAGCUGAAAGACCUCUUCUCAAUGAUUGGACACCUUGCUGGUCAAGGCAUCGACACAUUCUGGGGUGAGGGAUCAUCUCGACCGUCCAUCGGGAUUAGCACCAGCCGGUCAUCAUUGGACGCAGACAAAUUAAAUCAGGUUUCACCCGAGGCACUGAGAGCUGCACUGCAAAGAUCGAUCUACAGCAACAAAUCCACUCAAGAAGCCAACUCAAACUUGAUGCUUCGGGGAUCAAAGCCGGGAGAUCUCAGCCUAGUAAUUGAGAAAUCUAUGUUGGAUGAAAUUGGGUCAUUGCCGUUUGAGGAGGUUUCAACUUGUUUAGCGACAGUUUCAGAGAUAGAUGAGCUGAAGAGAAGAUCAAGCAGUAUGCAAUUAAAAGGUCGCAGGUCAAACUUACUCGAUGUUGAAUCAAUCAGAAAUUUCCGUGUUUCUGGGUUGAGAGCUUCUGCAGAAACUACUGAAGAAUCAACACCUCGGACUUCCGACAUAAGCAACCAGCGAAAGAGUACUUCUCUUGAAAAAAGUGAUUCACUUGAAAAGAGCUGUGAAGCCAUUCCAAGAGGUGCAGGCGAACAAAAUACACAUCAGGUUAAUACCAGUAAAUCUCCAUCAGAAAUGCCACUGCGCAAUCCAAUCCUUGAUCCAGAUGAGAGGCCGCUCGACGUUGCUACAGGACGUCCCGCAAAGGCGACAUUUACGUUCAUUGCAUUUGAAAAGCCCAAGUCACCUGGUCUAGGGAAUCUUGCCGUCAAGAAAGGGAAGUCUACACUACCAAGGAGAGAUAUGUCGACAUUGGCUAAAGACAAAGCUAAGGGAAAAUUGGGCGGCAAGAAAAGCGGUCCUGUUGAGAGGGGGACAGAAAAAGAGAAAGAAGUGGACCCAGGAAAGAUGUUGAAGCUGGGUGUAGAAAAGAAACCUGAUGAAAUCGCUCCUAAGGAGAAUGGAACCAAUGAGGUGGAGGUGUCUGAGUCAGUCGGUACAGAACCAGAGGCAAGCAGAAAUCAUCUGAAGACAGUAGGUCAAGAAACGUUCUGUGUGCCAGAGGAGAAGGAAAAUAUUGCCAAAAAGCGAAGGGGGACAUUCGCUGUUACAAAACCAGACAUUGGCAAAAAAGAUUCUAUGAAUGCUCGACGUGGUACGUUUGCUGUGACCAACCAGGACAGAGACUUGGCAGGAAAUACUGAUAUCCCGGGGUCUGACAUGCAGCUGAAUAAUCUGGAAGAGUCAGGCAAUGAAUCGUUGGGGAUCCUCAGUACCACCAUCUUGGAGGAGGUAGAUAUGGAGUUUACUUGUGCCAUGAAUUUAGAUCUAGCUUCUCUUCCCAUAACUGAACUAGGCAACAGCGAGAGGUCCGAAAAAAGGAGAGUAGAACCUGAGAAUGACAACUUCCCAGCUGACAUACCUGAGGCUGAACUUGAAGAUGUACCAGAUGAGUUGGAAAUGGAUGAAUCUGCAGCCACUGGCAGUCAGGACAGUCACCUAGAAGAACUCAUAUUACCUGAAGCUCCAGAUUCACACGACUCUGUGACCUCUGAGCCAUGUAAAGCAGACUCUUCCAAGAGUGACGAGAGUUCAGAUGAUGGUAAGAAAGAGAAGAAGUUUGCCGUCUACCACCUCAAGCCAGGAAAGAUACAGUUUAUAGCAGGUAGAAAAGACGUGAAUGGUGACUUCAAAGUGCCGAAACAGAUGCCCAGGUCAAGGUCACGUGCGUUGUCUAGAUCAAAGAAAAGCCGUUCAAAACAGAAGUCGAAACCGAUAGAGUUACCGAUAUCAAAUCCCCCAUCAGCAUAUGAUUUUCUUGGUUUGACACCUGAGAAACCGCUGACUAAAGGUGUAUUUGACAUGUCGUGUAAUGAAUCUGUGGACGGUGACCGAUUGUCACUAAAAGAGUAUCGAGAGAAUAAAGGUGGCGCCAUUAAGAUACCACAGGCAAAAACAAAGGUUAAGCAAGAGGAAGUGUCAACCAAUGAGGAGGGGAGUAUGGAGUUUAGCGAUCACAAGAUGAAGAAAAGAGAAAGUGCUAGUGCGGCCAGGAAGUGUGGUACAAAGCUGGCCAAGGCUCAGGGCUAUAAGAGACAACCCGCUUCUCACACAAACUCUGAAAAAGCUGAUGAAAGCAUUGUGGUCAGAAGUCGAGGCAUGAGGAACAAGAAGAAGGCAGUGAUCUCUUCGAGCUCAGAUACGAGUUUUGUUGAUGAUGACAGUAACGAUGAAGAUUUCGCUCCGAGGUCGAAAUCGAAAUUGUCAAGGAGAACUGAAACUAGGAUACGGAGAGAGACGGUAACAAUUGCGGCACGGUCUAGAAGUGGUGGUGAUGGUGCCGCUCCGGUAAGCAAGUCGUCGUUGAAACCUCAAUCUGGAUCACACAGACAGACAGUGAUGAUAACAGUGCCAUCUGCCAUUGGGGAUGAAGAACCAAAGAAACUCAAUGUAACGUUUGAGAAGCCGUCUCAAGAAGGGUUGGAAAAUGGCAGAGAGGAAUUAGACGUGGAGUCCAGCAACCAGAUGACAAAGAAAAGUGAUGACAGAGCGGGAAAACUGACAGUCUCUACUUCAGGUUUGAGUUUUGGUGAAGACAAUGUACCAACCAUAGUCAACACAACAUUUGAUAGGCUGUCUGCUGAUGAAGUCAUGGACACAACUUUGGAAAAGCCUGAUGCGGUGAAUACCACCUUUGAAAAGCCAUCUGUUGGGGACUCAGAAAAGGUUGAGGAGAAUUGUGAAGAGAAUAGUGAUCACAGGCCGAAGAAAACGUUCAACAGAAAAGUUGUCACGAAUAAAACUCGUACAAAAUCCAAGAAGGUUGAAGACACGAACUCUGAUGCUGGUUGCUAUGAUGAUAUAGCCCCUUCCGUCAAGAAUAAAAUAAGUUCAGUCAGAAAGAUGUCACGAAGAGGGACUGCACCAGAGGUGGAGCCACCUGUGUAUGAUGAUGAUGCCCCAACAAAGCUGAAUGGUACGUUUGAAAUACCACCUAUAGUGGAACCAGCAUUGAGUGAAGAUGAUCAAUCGAAAAACCAGAAUGAGACCUUCAAAAAGCUGCCUGUUGAAGGAUCAGAAUCCGAUUCUCAAGAAGUGCUGAGUAACAUGAAGCAAGGGAAUACAACAGAUGAAACCGCCGCAGAAAUGACGACUAUUUCCUUAGGUGUUCCAGUUCCUGUUGAUGACGAUUCAUUUGGGGAUAUCUCAAACUUCUGGGAUAAAAAGACACCGGCAAAAAAGAAGGAGCCUGUCGUGGUUGAAACAGAGGAACAGAAUUGUUCUAAAACUAAGACAAAUGAAUCAAGUGGUAAUAAAGAAACCACUGGUUCUCUAGACAAGGGACUUGAUGUUGGGGAGGGAAACAGUCAUCCGACUUCAGAAUUGAAUGAAAAUGUCGGGAGAAAGCAGAAAAGUACAAGGAAAUCAGCCAAAAGUGUCCGGGGGCAGGAUGUUGAUUUAGAUACUAAUGCAGCGCUUCUAACGGAAAUUGAAGGAGUCGCCAAGAAAGUUAAAAAGGAGCCAAGAUCACGCAGGAGAACCAAGCGAGUUUCAUCGAAACCGGACGUGACAUUGGGUGGUCUUCUCAACGAGUUGACGUCUGGUGAUCAGGAGGAUUUGGAUAUUGGUGGAAUGACUGUAAUGUUAGAGGAGUUGGGUGGCAAGUUGGAUAUCGAGGCAACACCAGAGAGUCCAGUGGUUAAACACAAGAAGCGAUGCACAACACGGGCAGCCCUGGCAGAUGUUGAAAUCAAUUCGCCCGUUCCUGCCGUAACAAUCAAGAAGGAGAGGCGAUCAUCGCUGAGGUCGACCAUGGAAGGUCAAGAGAUUGUGAAUGGUGAUGAACAACAACCUGCCAAAAGGCUUUGCCGAAACCGUGGUGCUGUAUCAUACAAGGAGCCAUCGCUCAAUGUGAAAAUGCGCCAGGGAUACAAAUUGGAUAUCAUCAAGUACGAUGAUGGCAACGUGCCGCUUGAUGACGAGUGUCCUAAGAAGAAGAAGAAAGUUCAAAAGAAAAAGAAGUCUGAAGUGAAAUAAACGUCUCGAUGCUUUCUGGUGAUGCCGGUGCAUUUGAAUGAGCAAAAUGUUAUGAGAGUUUGUCACUGUGAGGUUGGGCGAAGGAGUUUCUUACGAGGUAGUGCACCAUCAAACCUGUCUUGACAGGAUGACAAGCGAAGAUGGCACAAAAUAUAGUGACAUUUGCUUGACGAAAGCAGAAAUUUGGACUGAGAUCACAUGACAGGAUUGUGGUGUGUGAAUGAGUUGGUUGACUGCAUGUUGUGCUGCCAUGGUUGAGUGUAUCGAUAGGGCGUUGUGCUUUUAGCAGAUCCACUUAGUUUUAGAAGGAUAAGUAAACUCGAUUGAUGUGAAUUUAGAUUUUUAGUUCCCAUAAUUUGUUGUGUAUUCUGUCAGCAAUUCGAUGUACAUUGUAUAGCAAGUUUGGAGUGAAAUCAUAUCAAAAUCUUAAAUUUCUGACAGUUGAGUCAGUUCUGAAGUGUG